AUGCACGCGUGGCGAUCGCUGUCCCGCAGCAUUCUUGUGUUCACAAAUGUAUUAUUUCUACUGUUAGGAUCUGUGCUCGUCUCGAUUGGAGGCUAUAUGGCGUCGCUGCCGGCGCUCGCAGAAUUUUCAGAUGGUGGUGUGGCUUCCUCCGUUAUCAUGUGUGGCUCUCUAGUUAUCCUCAUUGCUAUACUUGGCUGCUGUGGAGCACAAUGGGAGAGUAAAGUCUUUUUGUUCCCAUACGCUAUUCUAGUACUCGUCUCGGUGAUUGCCCAGCUAUCGUUGGCUGGUUUUCUAACUCAUGUUCACAGCUCAUUGGAAGAAGUGGCUAAGCAUGAUUUUGACCUAUCAGUACUUUCUCCUGCAGACCAGGAAACGCUACGCUGGAUCAACAGGAGGUUCAAGUACGUGUAUUAUGGCUGUGGAUUUGACGUCGAGAUCGACUUGACGGGUACACGCAAUCAGCCACUUCUGGCUACAUGUUCAAAUCAAGAAUUUGAAUGGUUUGCACGAUUUGUGGAGGAAAAUUGUCCAAUUCGGCACGAACAAUUACAAACCGGAAGUAUUUUUCUGAAAUGUGCUGGUCCGAGCUUUUCAUUGAGCAAUGCUAUGACAGAGCAUACGAUGCUUUGUGCGUGUGAGACGCGUAUGAUCUCGUGGGUGAAUGACCAAUCGCUUCUUGUUGCUGUCUUUGUAUUUGUUAUUGUGUCGCUUGAGAUAAUGCUCGUUGGGCUAUCUUGCUACGUCAUGCACUCGCGUCGCAAUCGUCGUUAUGGAUAUCAGGAGAUUACAAUGCCUGUACGACAGCAGCCGUACAAUCCGCACCCACGAAAUUAUUCUGGUCAGCAAGUGGGCCAGCGUCAGCCACUUAAUUCGCAACCAGCGUAUAAGUCAUACGGUCCAUCUGGGGUACAAAAUCCCUAUGCGGCUGCUGCCACAGGCGGUAAGAUCAAGAACUAA